CGCGCGUGCAGUGCGAGUGAUGUAUCCAUGAAGUCGCUACUACAAAGAUGGCGGAUUUCCUGCCCUCCCGGACUGCUAUAGUUUGUAUUCCCAAUUGUCUUCUCUCCAGCGGCGAAAUAGAUCAAAUUAGAAAGUCUAAGGAGAUCGACAAAAGCCUGUCUCGAGAGAAGACCUAUGUGAAGAAACUAGUGAAGAUCUUGCUGUUAGGAGCGGGCGAAAGUGGCAAGUCAACUUUCCUCAAACAAAUGCGCAUAAUUCAUGGGCAGGACUUCGAUCAGCGGGCCAAAGAAGAGUUCCGGGCUACAAUCUACAGCAAUGUUAUCAAAGGUGUCCGGGUGCUGGUGGAUGCCCGGGAGAAAUUGCACAUCCCUUGGGGAAACCCUGAGAAUCAGGCUCAUGGAGAGACAGUGAUGGCCUUUGACACUCGCUCAUCCCUGAUGGCCAAAGGCAUGAUGGAAACGAAAGUCUUUUUAAACUUCCUUCCUGCCAUCCGUGCCUUAUGGCAAGACAGCGGUAUUCAGAAUGCAUAUGACAGACGAAGAGAGUUUCAGCUGGGGGAAUCUGUGAAAUAUUUCUUGGACAAUGUGGAUAAACUUGGACAAUUGGACUACUUGCCCAGCCAAAAGGAUAUACUUCUGGCUCGAAAACCCACCAAAGGUAUCCACGAGUACGAAUUUGAGAUCAAGAAUGUGCCUUUUAAGAUGGUGGAUGUGGGCGGACAGCGGUCAGAGCGCAAGCGAUGGUUCGAGUGCUUCGACUCUGUGACCUCCAUCCUCUUCCUAGUGUCAUCCAGCGAGUACGAUCAGGUGCUAAUGGAAGACCGUCAAACCAACAGGCUCACGGAGUCGCUCAAUAUCUUCGAGACAAUCGUCAACAACCGCGUCUUCGCCAACGUCUCCAUUAUUCUCUUCCUCAAUAAGACAGACUUGCUGGAAGACAAAGUUAAAACUGUGAACAUCAAGGACUACUUCUCCGAGUUCACAGGGGAACCUCACAACCUGCAGGACGUGCAGAAGUUCCUGGUGGAGUGCUUCCGAAACAAACGCCGGGAACAGCAGCAGAAGCCUUUGUACCAUCACUUCACCACCGCCAUUAACACGGAGAACAUUCGACUCGUCUUCCGCGACGUCAAAGACACCAUCUUGCACGACAACCUUAAACAGCUUAUGUUACAAUGAAAGCCUUCAAGAACUUUCCAUUUUAAUUAGGUUUUUACUUUAUUUAAUACAAAGUACAAGUGGUUCAAUACAUAUUGUGGUCGAAGAAGAAACAGAUAGGAUAAAUUUGUUGUUGUUGUUUUUGCAUAAUAUUACAAUCAUAUAAUGCAAAGGAUUUGAUAUAAGAGAAAUUUUUUUUAAGCUGCUUGUAGCCAUAUUAAACACGCCAAGAAAACGGUCCUCAUUUAUUCACCUAAAUGCUGUAACUGAUCAUUUACUGUAUGUUUGUGAACACAUAUUUUAGUUCAGAACCGUUUAACACGCCUACAACCCUUUUCAAAUGUUAAUCAUGAACUCAGGGCUUGAUAUAUUUGGUUUAAAAACAAGGUGAGCAGUUUUUUUUUUUUUUUUUUUUUUUUUUUGGGGGGGGGGGGGGGGGGUGGUCUGGCUUGAUUGGUCUGGUUAAAGGCCCUUUUAUCGUUGAUAGGAGAACAUAAUUUCACUGCCUUUGUCUUCCCAUAAGAUCAUGACAAUAAAACUGUGCAAUUAAGGUCCUUUUGUAAUAUAAAGUACUUCUUUGUCGUUCAUUCGUAAAGGGAAAGUAUAUUUGCCAUUUAAGCUUGUACAGAAUUCGUUUCUGUAUAUUAAAUUUCAUUUGUCCUGACAUUUGUAUUUUACACACUAACCUAAUAUUGUAUAGUUGUGUUCUGAAAGCCCUGAAAUGUUUAGUUUGUUUAUGACAUUACUUUUUCAAAUGAGAAAGUGGCCUUGUGUCUCCUGUGUAGGUUAUAGUGGACAGCUUUAGCUCAGGGUUUUUUAAAUGGCUGUUAAAGCAGUCCAGGUGGUUUUGUGUAUUGGUUUAAUACAGACGUUAUGUUUUUAUUUUAUAAUUUUGGCCCAAUAAAGUCACCUUUGCCUUAAAUGUCUGCAGAUCAGCUGAUAGCUGAUUUGAUGCAAGCCAAAUUGAAAUGUGUUGAUAGAGAAACUAAGUCUUAAUGUAAUCUUAAUGACAGCAAGCACUGUAAUCUGACUGUUGUUGGUAGUAAAUUGAUAUUAAAUGAUCGCUUUACAUAAGGUCUUUAUGAAAUCUGUAAAUGUUUUUUUUUUUUUUUCAAAAUUUUGUGCAUCUUUGUCAUGGCCAUAAUCAAAUGCUUUUUGUUUAGUGUGUUUUGUUGAGCUUUUUUUGGAUCACAUUUGUGUAAUUCUGUUUAUUAAAUCUGAUUAUUUUAUCAGAAACUUUGUG